UCGUUUCGUGGGCUCUCGUACCCUAAUCUCUGUCUCUCUCUCUCUUUCUCUUCGCUUUCUUUCUCUCGCUUGCAACCCUCGUCGUCUCGAGCUUCGAUUGAAGAGCUUGCCCUCGUUUUGCGCUCGAUUUGGGAAGGGAUGGGAUCGUCGGAGACGCGGUUGGUGCAGGAGUUGGUGCUCUAUGCGGCCAGCGCCGCGCUUAGUUGCUUGGUGCUCUUCGCCGGGCUUCGCCAACUCGACCCUAAUCGAGCCGCGUCCAAGAAGGCUCUUGAACAGAAGAAGGAGAUCGCUAAGCGCCUUGGCCGCCCGCUGAUCAACACCAACCAAUACGAGGAUGUUAUAGCAUGUGAUGUCAUAAACCCUGAUCAUAUUGAUGUGGAGUUUGAUUCUGUUGGAGGUCUGGACCAUAUUAAACAAGCAUUAUAUGAAUUAGUCAUUCUUCCUUUACGCCGACCUGAAUUGUUUGCACAUGGAAAGCUUCUUAGCCCACAAAAGGGAGUUCUGUUGUUUGGGCCUCCAGGAACUGGAAAAACAAUGCUGGCAAAAGCCAUAGCUAAAGAGUCUGGUGCUGUUUUCAUCAAUGUGAGAGUAUCAAAUUUGAUGAGUAAAUGGUUUGGUGAUGCUCAAAAACUUGUGACCGCUGUCUUCACUCUGGCUUAUAAGCUCCAACCUGCUAUUAUUUUUAUCGAUGAGGUUGAUAGUUUCUUGGGCCAGCGUCGCACUACAGAUCAUGAAGCUAUGACCAACAUGAAAACUGAGUUUAUGUCCCUGUGGGAUGGUUUCACCACAGAUAAAAACGCACAAGUCAUGGUUCUGGCUGCUACAAACCGUCCAUCAGAACUAGAUGAGGCAAUACUUAGGCGGUUUCCUCAGGCUUUUGAAAUUGGCAUACCUGAUCAAAGUGGGAGAAGCCAAAUAUUAAAGGUGAUUCUGAAGGGAGAAAAAGUCGAUGAGAACAUUGACUAUGACUACAUUGCCAGUUUAUGCUGUGGUUUCACUGGUUCAGAUCUGUUUGAGCUAUGCAAGAAAGCAGCAUAUUUCCCUGUCAGGGAAUUACUGAAUGAUGAAAGGCAAGGGAAGCAGGCACAUAGUCCCAGAGCAUUGACACAGGCGGACCUUGAGCGAGCGCUCUCAACAUCUAAAAAAAUGAAGAAAUCAGCAAGUGAAUAUAGAUUGGGAAUGCAAUUAACCCCAUGGGCGAGGCAAACAGAAACAGAUGAUGAUCAGGUCCAAAAUGCUAUCUUGGAGAUAUCCAAGCUUAUGUCUCGUAUUGUUAACAACCAAUCAGAAGCACAAGAUCCUUAGUCUUUAUAUAGCCAUCUUCAAGGUUUUUUUUGUCUUUCCCCCCUUAUGUACCACUUCUGAAGAACUUAACUGAAUACGUGUUGCACUCUCAGGAAUUAUAGUGUUGGUUUACAAGCAGCUGAUUCGCCCCCACUUGCAGGCAUUCCACAUACUCCUGGUUGAAUGACCACAUUUUGAAGGUGCUGGGAAUUCGAUAUUCUUCUGGUUGAAUUAUUAUGUUUUGAAAGUGCUUGCUUUAAAUAAUUUAGCUCAGAAGUCUUUGUAUCUAUAUUCCAAAUUCAUCAAUCAGUAAUUGUCCCUACAUUAAAUCA